AUGGGUGGAGGAAGUCAGCCCAUGGGGCUCGGCUACUGGAAGGAUGCCAUGAAGAAUACCCCCAAGGAGGUGCUGAACUACAACCUCGCUUACGCGGUCUUGUGCUUUGGUUUGAUGGGAACGGCUCGUGGACUAGAUGAAGGCCUGGUCUCAGGCACCAUUUCGCAGAAGAGCUUCAUCAGCGAAUAUGGCCUGACCGUGCUCGAGGACAAGUCCAACGCCGCUGCUGUAGCUCAGAAGACUGGCAACAUCGCAGCUAUGGUCCAGAUCGGCAGCGUGGCCGGCGCCUUGCUGGCAUUCAUUGUCAGUGACCGAAUUGGUCGUAUUUGGGCCACGCGCCAGCUCACCCUCGUCUGGAUCAUUGGAACGGUUGUUUAUGUAACCGCCAAGGGCAACUAUGGCCAAAUUUUGGCAGGCCGCUUUGUCAUGGGACUCGGUAUCGGCCAGACCACAGUCGUGGCUCCAACGUCAGUGGUUUGCACUCUUCCCAGGAUCCUCAAAACUGACCUUCCUACAGCUAUUUGGCUGAGAUUGCUCCUCGCUCGAUUCGUGGACUUUGCAUCUGUAUUUUCUCGGGUUCUGUGUACCUGGGCAUUAUGCUUGGCUACUUCGCCAAUUGAGGGACUUCUUUGCAUAUUGCCAGUUCCAGCGCGCCAGUGGUUCAUUCCGAACAUGAUGCAUAUCAUAUUUGCGGGCGUCAUCUUCAUCGCGAGCUUCUUUGCCCUGGAAUCGCCCCGUUAUCUCUGCAGGAAGGGGGACUUUGAAGGCGCUGCACUUGUCAUGACGAAGCUGAGGAACCUACCCUCCGAUCACGUCUACGUGCAGGCCGAACUGAUUGAUAUCAAGGAUCAACUUGAGCGCGAAAGGGAAGCAACCCUGGGAUCUGCAUGGUUCGGUCCUCUAAAAGAGCUAGUCCUCAUUAAGUCGAAUCUCUAUCGAUUCAUGCUCGGUUUCGCGGCGCAAGUGUUGGGUCAGUGGUCUGGAGGCGGAUUCAUCACCAUCUACGCCCCUCAAUUCUUCACCAUCCUCGGAACCACAGGCCAGUCGGAGAAGCUCUUUGCCACCGCCGUCUUUGGCGUGGUCAAGUUUGCUUCGGCCCUCAUCUGUGCCUUUUUCCUCGUCGAUUUCCUCGGCAGGAAGCGCGCACUGGGAGCCGGCAUCACCCUUCAAUUGGUCUCGGUUCUCUACGCUGCCAUCUUCCUGACCGCGGUACCGCAAAUUACGAAGGUCGACACUAAAACUGGCGCCACCGUCCCACUCACGGGUGCGGCUCACCACGCGGCGACAGGCGCCAUCGUAUUUAUCUACUUCUCGGGUGUCGCCUGGGCGCUUGGGUGGAAUUCCAUUCAAGACUUGAUUGGUGCCGAGAUUUUCCCUCUGCGCGUCCGUUCCUUGGCCAACUCGUUGAUUAUGUGCAUUCACUUCGUCAACCAGUAUGGCAGCUCCAAGGCCGUCCCGCUGAUGUUGUUACCCGGAUCCCUCGCCCCGAGUGGAACGUUCUGGUUUUUCAGCGCCGUCACCUGGCUUGGGCUGGUAUGGGUGUGGUUCUUCUUGCCAGAGACGGCUGGCAAGUCAUUGGAGUCAAUGGACGAGAAGUUCUCUCUACCUUGGUAUCUGAUCGGGCGCAAGGGUGCAGAAAUGUCCAGGGGCCGUGGUGCGGUCGCUGAAGCUACGGAGAACGGUGGCGAUUUGGACAAAAUUUCUGCCGUCCAAGCCGAACAUGCGGGUGCCCUUUGA